CAUAUUUUGGCCCCUCCCCCCUUUCACUCCAUGUUCCCACAUAGAACUUAGGUCCCCCACCUGGGUUAGGUUAGCCAGUCUCUAGCCUUAGCCCAGCCUGCCUAGCUACCUAGCUCUUAACUCGCCCAAACACAGCAGUCAAUCAGAAAGCAAUUGAACCCCACAAACUCAUAGUCCUACAUAGUUCCACACUCUGCAAAGAACUGAGAAGAGAAAAAAAAAAGAGGUUGUUUAACUUUUUUUUUUCUCGAGAAAAUAUAAGAGAUGAGUUGGAGAGAAGAAGAAGAGAAAAAGAUGGGGUUGAUGAUGGAUCAAGUUUGAAAGCUUGGGGGGUUAGUAUAAAAAUAAAAAUCACCCCUUUCAAAAACCUGGAAACCCCACCAAAUGGAACUUACAGAUUUGCAAAGCAAUAAGCAAACCAAAAACAACAACAGCAGCAGCAGCAGCAACAAUAACAACAACAAUUCUGCAGAACCCCACCAUCAGUCUCUCCAGCAGCACCAUCUGCAACACCAAAAACAGUCGGCUUCUCCCCAGCUUGUGGUCCCUUUUGAUGGCACCAGAUCUUCAGGUCCUUCUUCGGGUAACCCUUUUAAUAUGGGCUCCAUUUCUCACCUCCAUCCCCACCACCCUUUUCAUCUUCUUCUUCAUCCUGCUUCUUCCACAACUACCACCACCACAACGCCGCCUCUCCCGUCUUCAUCUUCUUCUUCCUCCUCCUCUUCUUCAGCUUCUACGACUACAACGAACCCACCUCAACUCGUUGACGCCUCUCUCGCUAUUGCUACCAGAUCUACUUCUCAUAACAUCGAUUCCAAGAAUCAAACGGACUUGCCACUUUCAUCUACGACGACACCAGCAUCGACGACGACGACGACGACUACAGCUAACCCGCCAGUGAAACGCUCCACCAAGGACCGACACACCAAAGUCGAUGGUCGAGGCCGCCGUAUCAGAAUGCCAGCUACUUGUGCGGCUAGGGUUUUCCAAUUGACUAGAGAAUUAGGUCAUAAAUCUGACGGGGAAACGAUUGAAUGGCUUUUACAACAAGCUGAACCAGCAAUAAUAGCAGCCACUGGGACUGGUACUAUACCAGCCAAUUUUUCAACUCUUAAUAUUUCUUUAAGAAGUAGUGGAUCCACGCUUUCUGCUCCGCCUUCAAAAUCUGCUCCACACGCGUUCCAUGGUGCUUUAGCUUUGGCUUCCCAUCAUCAUCACCAUCACCCUUAUGAAGAAGGGUUUGCUCAUAGCGCUUUGUUGGGGUUUCAGCAGCAGCAUCAGCAGCAUCUUUUAACCGCAGAUCAAAUAGCUGAAGCUUUACCCGGAGGUGGAGGUGGAGAUGGUGGGAAUUUAAGUGAGAGUUAUAUGAGGAAACGUUUUAGGGAGGAUUUGUUUAAGGAUGAUGAUCAGCAACAAGGUGAAAGUGGUAGUGGUGGCGGCGAUGGAUCCCCUAUUAAGGCUUUCAAAAGUGGUUUAACUCAAUUGUCUAAACCACAACAAGAUGCUGGAUCUUCGGCUCUACCUCGACCCUCAAAUAUCCUGCCCGGCACAGCCAUGUGGGCAGUGGCACCAGCACCAAGCAGUGGGGCGGGAAGUACGUUUUGGAUGCUGCCAAUGAGUGCUGGUGCUGGUGGCCCAUCAGUGGCGCCUUCAGCUGCAACUGGGGCUGGUCCAUCUGAUCACCCUCAGAUGUGGCCUUUUGGGACAGCAAAUCAAGCUAGUGGAAAUACACUGCAAGCGCCUUUACAUUUUCUACCAAGAUUCAAUCUUCCAGGUAAUGUUGAAUUCCAAGGUGGUAGAGCUAGUCCUUUGCAAUUGGGUUCAAUGUUAAUGCAGCAGCAACACCAACAACAACAGCCUCAUCAUCACCUUGGUUUAGGAAUGUCUGAUUCUAAUUUAGGCAUGUUGGCGGCUCUUAAUGCGUAUUCUAGAGGUGGCUCAAACGUUAACUCAGACCAAAACAAUCCACUGGAACAUCAUCACCAACAACACCAGCCUCAAGGUACAGACAGUGGAGAUGACCAAGACCCUAAUACUUCUCAAUGAUGCUCAGAGAAUUAAAUAUACAGAACUUGAUAUGGAACAUCAAGUUUGUGAUCAUCAGCUGAUUACUUGAAACUUUUCAGUGGAUUUUCGUAUGGAUACAGAAACAAAAAAAGAAACCAUAUAUAUAUAUAUAUAUUAAAGGUUCCAAGUAGGUGCCAUUGUUUGUCCAUUGGGUUUUGUUUUAUGAAUGCCAUUAGCUAUAGAUUUGAUGUGAAGAAGUUUGAGCUUGUAAUUUAUGUUGUUGUGGUCCAAAGGGGACACGAUAGGGAACAGUAAUGAGAGAAAAGAGAGUUGUUUUGUAUAGGAGGACAUUCGUUUGUGUUGAUUUUUAUUACAGUUUUUUUUGCUUUGUUUUGUAAACAAGCAAAUGAAUUAUUUUUGUUAUAAAAAAAUUAUUAGUUUGCAUGA